AUGGCCGACAACUCCAACCCAGGCAACUUCUCCAACCGCUCUCGCGAAGAAGUCCAACAAAUCGGCAAAAAGGGCGGACAAUCAAGCCACUCCGGCGGUUUCGCCAGUAUGGAUCCUCAGAAGCAGCAUGAUAUUGCUUCCAUGGGCGGAAAAGCAUCUGGCGGAUCAUUCAAGCCCGGUGAUCCCAAGGCUCGUGAAGCUGGUCGGAAAGGCGGCUCCCGAACUGGCGGUGGUCAGGAGGAGGAUCUUGAUUAUCCUGAGGAGUAA